AUGUGGAAUGUAGGUACAUACAUUAAACCAUUCGAUGGAAGAUGGUAUGUUUUCUAUAGAGAAGGUUUUUAUGCACCUACGCCAGACUUUUGUAAUGGUAUCGUACCAUUAACACGUAUUACUGUUCGAAAUUCGACAGAUUUUGGAAACUCAUGGUCAGAGCCUGCUGUUGUUGCACUUCCUGGAAAUUCAACUUUUGAUAAUUGUGCAGCAGUCGAUGGAGCUCUUUUUUUCGAUAAUGAAACAGGCUUGUGGCAUUAUCUAGCUCAAUGUAUCGGUAAUAACAGACGCUGGUCUCUUUGUCAUUAUUCAAGAUUUGGGCGUGAUCCAAUGUCAGGUCCUUUUAUACCCAAUCCAAAAAAUCCAGUUGUUCAAGGUGGACAAUUAUGGAGUAGAAUCUGUUCUGGUAUAGGAAAGCAUUGUACAUUGACUAUGUAUGAUGAAGGUACACCUGAAAUCAUUCAAAAAAUGAAUGGUUGGUUCUAUAUUACUUUUCAUGGUUGGGAUGGACCUAACAAUAAAGCUGCUCGUGGAAUUGCUCGUACUCGAGAUUUUGUUAAUUAUGAUGUAGCUGGUUAUGAUCUUCCGAAUGAUGCUAUAUUCUCUCCGUUGGAUUGUAAUGAAUGGAAUAUUACAUGGAACCCAAAAAGUUUAUGUGUUGGUGGAGGUGAAGAUAGUAUGGUCAAAUCAGGUGAUUACUAUUAUCACUUAAUUGAAGCUCCUGAUGGUACACUAAAUUGUGAUACCACAUUAGGAGAACAAAAUUGGGUUUUAGGUUUAUUGAGAUCACCGACAUUAAGCGCUCGAUCAGGUGAAUGGGAACAAAUACACUAUAGUCCUGCUUUCAAACCGGCUAAAAAAUAUGGCUGUGGUUUACAAUAUCAUAGAAUUUUUCGUGAUGGUGACGAUUUCUUCUUUUCAAUGUUUGUCAUCGAUUUUGGAGUCAACAAUCUAACAAUGAAAAUAUGGAAGGUUGUACCUGGAAAGACCUAUUUUCCAGUUAUGGUUAGUUAUCCGUAA